AGUCGGUUCGGGGUAGCAUCAAGCUAAGCCACAGUUGCUCUUACACUCAGACUGCGGGCGCAAAGAGCACUAGCCACAAUUACGAGAGGCCAUGACGUUGACGCCACAGUCCCAAGACAUCUGAUUUCUGGGCUGGCAGGCAACUCUGAGGCAGUCCAUUCCUCGCGCGGAUCACAGAAACAAUUGCGAUUUCACCACACAUUCCGAUACCCUUCCACCAAGCAAACACAGAUCAGACUCUCAGCGCAACUUGAACCACGUAUUCUCAUAACACUACUUGCGAAACCUCGAAACCUCGAACCCACGACGACCUCAAAAUGCCCGCCAUCCGCCCCGCCUCGAAGCGCAAGCCGCCCCCGGAAGGGUUCGCCGACAUCGAGGAGGACCUGCUCAUCUUCGCCAACAAGAUGAAGGACGCGCAGAACACGCCGACGGACAACAUCCCCAAGCACCAGGCCAAAUGGCCCAUCUUCCAGAUCUCGCACCAGCGGAGCCGGUACAUCUACGAGCUCUACUACGAAAAAGAAGCCAUCAGCAAGCAGCUGUACGAGUGGCUGCUCAAGAACGGGUACGCGGACGCGAUGCUGAUCGCCAAGUGGAAGAAGAACGGCUACGAGAAGCUUUGUUGUUUGCGCUGCAUCCAGACCAAGGAGACCAACUUCAACUCGACGUGCAUCUGCCGCGUGCCCAAGGCCGAGCUGAAGGAGGGCCAGGAUGUCCAGUGCGUGAGCUGUGGGUGCAGAGGAUGUGCUACUGGUGAUUAAAGAGGAGGAUGCGGAGGUUGACGUUAUUGUGAAAAGGAGGAGAGAAGGGAGGGACAAACAACUUUUUUCAAGGCCGAGAUGUGAUGGAGAAACGAUGGGAAGCGGGAGCCGGCGAGCGGCCGUUCGGCGCCGCUAUAAUGAUACCAACAAUAUCUCUUUUUUUGAGCACGCAUCGAGAAGUGGGAUGGAGGUGUUAACGGGGGAGAGGGUAAGAUAA